AUGGAUGUUGCUUCUAACUUUAUCUGUCUUGUUUUGAGACUAUGGAAGUUGGUCAAAAUACCAGAGAAACAAACGACAGACAAGGUAUCUUUCUACGACAUGGGAAGCCUUGAUGUGGUGAUUCAAUUGUUUGUCUGGUCGCGAAAGCUGUCUCUCCUGAUAGUCCGUGCAAAAAGGGGGCUGCGUUUGGGCGUGAUUCCUGCCUCGGUUCGCCCGAAGGGAGUGUUACCUCCUGAGUCAUGGAAUCGCAGGAAUGACCAGUACAUUUGA